AUGAAAUAUGCAAUUAUUUCACACAACAUUGAUUAUGUUACAUUCUUGAUGAAUGAGUACAAUAUAGAGAUCGAUUUAGAAUACUGUGGAAUUUACAAGAAUCUUGAAUCAUUUUUAGUUUAUUUCGAUCAAACUAAUGACAUUAGCCAAUGCUUGGUUUAUUCAGUGAUGUUUAAUAUUCCAUCCCUUUUAGAUCAUUUCCUUUCAUUUGAUGCAAAUAUCAAUGAAAAAGAUAAAGACGUAAAAACUGCACUUUAUAUUGCAGCAUGGCAAAAUAGUAAAGAAAUGGUCGAACUUCUUAUUUCGCAUGGUGCAAAUAUCAAUGAAAAAGAUAAAGAUGGAGAAACCGUUCUUCAUUUUGUAACAAGGAAAAAUAGUAAAGAAAUGGUCGAACUUCUUAUUUCGCAUGGUGCAAAUGUUAAUGAAAAAGGUAAAGAUGGAGAAACCACACUUCAUAUCGCAGCAAGGAAAAAUAAUAAAGAAAUGGUCGAACUUCUUAUUUCGCAUGGUGCAAAUAUCAAUGAAAAAGAUAAAGAUGGAGAAACCGUUCUUCAUUUUGUAACAAGGAAAAAUAGUAAAGAAAUGGUCGAACUUCUUAUUUCGCAUGGUGCAAAUGUUAAUGAAAAAAAAUGA